AUGGACUUGAUCAAUGGCGUCCCUAUCCAAAUGUCGCCGCAAGCAGCCGCCUCAGCAGGUCACAACGGGCAGAGGAUUGGAACUUUAUAUACGAAAGCUCUAUUUCGCGAGUAUACCGACAAUUCGUUUACCGUGCAAUCUGCCCGGCCAGAGUGGUUGGGCAUGCUAGGGCCUAUCAUCCGUGCCGAGGUCGGUGAUGUUGUCAAAAUUGUGUUCAAGAACAUGGCUACGAACAACCAUACCAUGCACCCUCAUGGCUUGCGUUAUGCAAAACCAAGUGAGGGGCUGUCCGGCGCAGGGCAAAUGUUUGGUGGUGACGCCGUUCAACCCGGAUCGACAUUCAUAUAUACUUGGAAGGUGCCAGAGCGUUCCGGACCCGGACCGAUGGACCCACCAUCGCUAGCCUGGACUUAUCACUCAGACGCCCGUGGAACUCAGGAUAUCUACAGCGGUCUGGUUGGAGCUUCUAUCGUUUAUCGCCCGGGAGAGCUUGACCGGCACACUCUGUUUGUCCCGGCACCCACAGGCUCGAACCUCAUCGAAGAGGUCCUAACUCUGUUCAUCAUCAUGGAUGAGAAUCAGUCAUACUACAUCGACGGUAACACACUGAACCGGACCAGUAUCCCUCCUGGCGAACUCCAAGUCAACCGUCUCGAUCCGGGCUUCCGAGAGAGCAACAUGAAGCACACCAUCAAUGGUCGUAUGUUUGGUAAUCUCUUUGGACUUAACCUGACUGUCGGCCACGAUGCACGAUGGCAUGUGGAAGCGCUGGGUAAACAGAGGAACACGCAUACGCCACAUUGGCACGGCAAUACACUGGAUUGGGCUGGGCAGAGGGUGGAUAUUAUCGAUGUUCUCCCUGCGCAGACGAGGUCUCUCACUAUGAUCGUCGAUAACCCAGGCAGCUGGGUCCAUCAUUGUCAAGUCCUCAAUCACCGCGAUAUGGGAAUGAUUACGAAGUACACUGCUAGCUAA